GCUCCACCAUAAGUCUAAAGGCGAACUAGGUGAUUAACAUAAUUGUAUCCUGCCAGAUUUAGCAAGUUAGCAACACGUUAAUAUAGCCAAGUUGGCAGCACUGGUAGCGAUAGUGUGGCUGUCAACUAACAGUCCACCGCUGACGGUCUUACCGAAGUUUCGCCACUCUACAUUUGUCUUCUAAUUCGCUGCUGGUUUUUUUUUUUGUAUUUGUCAUUACACAUAAUCCAAUCAUCAGUGCUAAGGAGAAUAAAUCCUUUUAUUGCACGGUUAAAGUUUAACCAAAACCCAAAACGGGCAAACGAAGGCCAAGUGCCUGAAAAUUGCGUCAAAUAAGACUUUUCUUUUCUACGCCUGUGUUCGUCUUGCUCUUGCGCUGCGCCGCGUUCGUUUUCCGUCUCGGCUUCAAAUUUAAAUUGCAAUUCCUCCUGUGGUGGUGGCCGCCAGGAGUGCGGCCCAGGGGACGGCGAUGACUGGAUGACUGGACAACUGGAGGGACUGCAACUGCAAGAACGGCUGCGGGCGGGAAGGUGAGCUCCCCACCAACCGACCAAGUGCAUCCUCGUCCCCGCGUCUGCGCGUGUCUGUGUGUGUCUGUGUUUUUGGGAUGCAGUUGUAGCGAAGAGCGCCCAUCAGAAUCAAAAGUAUAUAUAGAUAUAUUUGUGUAUAUAAUAAUCGGAUACGUCUUCUCGUUCCGCGUGGUUGUGUGAGUGUAUUUAAAUCGGUAAUAUCACAACAGCAACAGACGCACACGAACGGGCCGUUUGUUGGUGCCAGAGUUUUUUUGGCCGCGCGCCCUAAGUGCGCGUGUGUGCGUGUGGCUUCUGGCUUGUGGUGUGUGUCACGAGAGAGCGAGAAAGUGGCAACAGCAGCAACUGAAACAACGAGGGAAUAGAAACUGCAGCACCAACUACAAAAAAAAUGUCAAUUUAGGAACUCCAAGUGGCUGGACUGCUGAAGCGUUGUCACAAGGUGUUCCGGGCUGUGCCCACACCCAUGUCUGCUAGACGUCUGUCCACUAAUCAGCGACCCAGCCGGAGCAACAGCACUUGAUCAACAGUCCAAAAAUGCCGCGCUUUCGCAACGAGGAAGCCGAGCAGGCGCAGUACACUGACGGCGACGUGGUCUGGGUCAAGAUACAUAACACGGAGAUCUGGUGGCCCGGCGAAGUAACCUCGUCGCAGGACUUUCGGUUCGUCAACACCUCAAGGCCUCCCUUCGCCGUCGUGGCCUUCUUCAAUGAGAAAACCUUCGAGCAAGUGAAGUCAGCGAAGCUGAUAUAUCCUUUCCAAUGCACUCACAAGGAGGAGUUCAUCAAGCGCGGCACCAAAAAAGCCGAUGGACUCCACAUUGGAGACAAGUUUAGCGACGACGUCGCUAUCGCAGAGUCGCGAUACCAGCGCCAGCUCCUGGGCGGCUCGCACUCGCAUCCGGAGAGCGGCAGCGGGCCUGCCGCUCGGCCGGACAGCCUCAUCAAGGCGCUCCUCUCCAGCAGCAGCAGCAACCAGAACAGCAGUACGCGCAGCUCCAGCGGAGCGCCCUCGCCUUUAAGCCGACAGGAGCCCACGUUCCGUAUCAUGGACAUCGGCGGGACUCCAAGCCAGGCUCGCGAGCGACGCUGUGACGAGGCCAGCUACGAGUGCACCAUCUGCAGCUUUCGUACAAACAGCAUGAGCGUGCUGCUCAUCCACCGGCGCGCCCACAUGGACACCAGCAGCAACUACAGUAGCCACAGUACCAGCACCAGUACCAACACGAGCGUCAGCAGCUUUAAUCCCAGCCGGCAGACUCGGGCCGCGCGACGGGCGAACACGACAAACGCGCUGGACCCCCGUCAGUUGACGGUCAGGAGUAGCCGGGACAGCACGCACUUUCACAAGAACUCGGUCCGCUGCCACUCGCGGCACGUCUCCAUCGUGGUAGACGCCCCUCUGACGGACGAGGCCCAGCAGAAGGUGGCAAGUAUCGUGAAGAUGACAAUGGCGUCCAUCGAACGAGUGGUGCACCCCAGCGACACCAGCUCCACCGCCUCGAACUCCACGCGCAGUCGCAGCCGCAGUAACCGAAACAGCUGUUCCUUGUCGCCGAAAGUGCCUGCUACAGUGGCGCCGCGCCGCAGCUCGCUGAAUCCCCGGGAUCCGCGCAGCCAACGGGCCAACCAGCUGCGUGCCACAAUGCCAGCGCCCCAGCCUCCGGCUAAGCAACGCCGCUUGACACGUUCCAUGAGCCGCCGCCAACAAGCCAUGUCGCCGCCAGCCAAGGCAUUAGAGCUGCCGCCGCCCAUGCCCGUGUCCACCCAGCGGCGCAGUGGAGGCCGGCGACGCACGCUGGCCACUGGUGUUAGUGAACGGUCCGCGCCGCCAGCUCGGCGGGGCAAUCCCAUGCGGAAAACAGUGACCGCGGCUCCCGCGCCGGUUCACGCCCCCACGGAACACCCACCUGAAAGCAGCAAACGACAGAAGCGAACGCACUCAAGACAUCGAGCCUCGGUGUCACUAGCUUCCCAGUCAGUUUCUUCGGCACCACCAGUACCGCCUUCAGUGGGUGGGGAGGAAAAGUGCGGGGAGGAGUCGUCGACAUUGCCCGUCGCCGUAUUAGAUCCAAUAUCCUCCUUGGAGCUUCAGCUGAGCCUGCUCGCUGAGUGGUGCGACGAUGAGACAGAGGAUCCUCCGGAGGAGCAUCCCCCCCAACAGCUACCAACUGUGACCAACGGCAAAAAAAUGGAAAAGCUCUCAAGGGAGCCAGAUCGGACGACAGAAGAGGAGCAGGAAGGCGAAGAGCAGGAGCAGGCGUCCAAGAAGCGCAUUCGCAACAUACCAAAGAAGGAUCGGCGCGACAUGGUGGUGCAGGAGUUCGACACAGACGGCCAGCUAGAGACCUCAGACGAACCCAUAGUCAUUCAGGACAGCGACGCCAGUUCCAACGAGAGCGUCGUUUUCGUGGAGAACGAGCCGCGCCAACGGAAGAAGAGCGUGAAUAUGCAUCCUGGUGCCAACCCCAGCGAAAAGGGCAAAUCCUUGACUCUACCGAAGCAAGUAUCGGCCAACAUGUCCUCCUGUUUUGACUUUGAGGAGGAGGAGGAACUGCAGGACGGCCAAAACGGUCUCAGCUACAGGCACUGCGCCACUCGACUCGACGGCAAAGGGCAGUUAGAGCCUGAGGCGCCUGAAGCUACGAAUGAAGAAUCCGGGGCUGGAAAGGAAGCGUACGAUGAACUUUUCAGAGGAUUUGACGAGGGACAUCAACCGGCAGCGAAUGCAUCGUUCGAGUCGGAACUGGAGGCGAAAGAGUCGAGUGCGUCCGAGGAGAGGAUACUGGAGGCCCAGGAGACCAAGACUACUGAAGAGGUAGCGUCAGACGCCAACGUCGAAGUAGAUCCGGAAGAAGAGGCUAAGCCGGACGAGGCCGACCCCGAGGCUGACGUUGAUGCUGAUGCUGAAGCUUGUGACCAUCUAAACCUGCCUAUCAAGGAGCGCCAGAAGCGCAUCUUCAAGUCCCGCAACAAGUCAGUUCUGGUAGCAGCCUCCAGGGAGGAAGACCUGCCAGCUAUUCUGGACAGGGUGGAGGAGGACCUGGCUAACGGCGGGGGACCGCCGACCCUCAACGGAGAAGAGGAUCACAGUAGCAGAAGAGAGAGUAACAAUAGUCAUAGCAAUGCCAACAGCAACACCAACACCACUGCGGACAGCAACAGCAACGCUAGUGGGCGUGUAAGCGGCAGCAAGAGGCACAGCAGGAGCAAGAGCGGUAGCAAGCGCCGGAAGAAAUCCAAGACUGAAUCCACCCGCCGGCAGACAAGGCGCACGAAGACCCAGACGCGGCUUCAAGACAUAGCGCUGGAGGAACUGAGCAACAACAGCAACACCACUAGUAGCAACAGCAAUGCGAGCUGCCACAGCAACCCGCUUUCGACGGCCAGUGCCCGCUCCAGUGCGCGGUCGCGGUCGCACGCCAGAGGAGCGAUAUCGCCCGGGCUUAGCUCAAGCACCAGCUGCUCCAUUGCAUCGAACAUUGCGGUGAUAUCCGCGGAGGAGGCACGCGAGCUGCAGCGAUCUGCCUCCGGGGCAGGGCUGGUGCAUUCGUCUAUCGUUGACGCCACGCAGCCUGUGCAGCGCGGAGGGGUGCUCAUUCUGGAGGACAUCCGGCUGCCAAAUCUGUACGAGCCCUUCGCCGGCCUCCAGUCCUCCGACAGCAAUGACAGCCGACAGCAAAUCUUGCGCUCCAGACAUGAGCACGAGGACCGUACGCCGGACUCGGUAGAAGUGUACCUGGAUGUAGACGUGAACGCGGAUAUGGAGACGGAGGCUGUUGCGUAUGUAGGUGCGGAGUCAGAUACAGAGGUGGAUGCGGAAACGCAUAUGUAUGCGACCGAAGAUCAUGACACGGAGGAGGUGGCAACAGAGCAUCACGAGCAGGAGUUCAUGUCGGAGGCUGAUGACCAGAUAGCGGACUAUGCGGCCGACGAGGGCUUGGAAUCCGAGUCCGUGGGCCAGACAGCUCCGGAUCUAGACUCCUGGCCACACGAAGAGGUCCAAUAUGUGCCUAAACACCGAGAAGUGCUCCUGAAGAAGCGGGAGCAAGAGCUACUGCGUCAGUACGAGGCCGAUGUCGCGAGCGGGCGAAGCGCGGAGAAGUGCCGCAGAGCGCGAGAGCGAUGGAGCCGGGCCGUGUACCCCAUCGAAGAGGUGAAAUCAUCAGCAUUAGAGUCACUAGAACUAGAGGAGGAGGAACCAGCCGAGUUGGAGGAAGCGGCCUCCGCUGCGAAUCACAACAUUGACACCAUGGACUGGGAGAAUUCUAUGGCCAAGGAGCUGGCCGCCGUGGAAGCCGCGUUGCCCGCCAUGCUAAUGUCGCCUUCUCGCCGUCCUGCUAGUCACCCAGGGAUUAACUUUCACAGUCCAGACCCAAGCUUCUCAUUGGCCACCAUCAGCCCCAGCAAAUCCUCCGGGGACUUGGCCCAUGUGCCGUGCGACGCCGUCUUCAAGGCUCACCAGCAAUUGGAGAAUCUGUGUGAGCAGCGGCGCCGUCGCUCCAGUGAAACCCUUGCGUCCGCGCUUUCGACUCCCUCCGUGCCUGCCUCUCCACUACCGCCUGCCACGGCCGGCGGAACGCGAAGACCGCGACGGCGCUCACGGACCGUGACCAGCAACGAGCAUGUAGAGACUCCCGCUCGCAGCGAUGCGACCGAGGAAUCCCUCUGCGAGCAGAAAGAUGGUUCGGAGAGUCUCGAAAACCCCCCCCAGUUGUGCGCUGGCCGCAUCUGCGCUGUGAUGACUCGGCCCAUCCCGGGCUACAACCACACGUUCAUGCUCUGUUCACUGGCCAACAACAACUUCACGCCGCUCAACAACGUGGCCCUAUACCUGGACAGCGAAAAGAACCAUCUGGUGCCAGUGCCGCGGGAGGCGCUCCUGGAGCCUCCGCGCCUAGCCGACGGCCAUCCCUUGUCGGCCGUGUUUGCAGACAUCGAUUUCCUGGGCGGCGAGGCGGUGGCCCAAGUAGUGGACCCGAACGACCCUCAGGCGGAUGCAGGCCUUGCCCAAAGCGAAGUCAGGCUGUCGCCGCCGCAGAUAGUGCUGAGCAACGCCGAUGAGCUGCAGGGUGAGCCGACGGAGACAUUGGGUAUUAUGACGCCGCUUAGCCAGGUGGCGGAGGGAUGCACCGGGCCGGUCACCAGCUUCUCCAACGAAGAAGAGGAGCUGUUCGUAGACCAACUGCCAGACAAUAUGCUUCAGCUAAACGUCAACGGGCACCGGCUGGAGCUAGACCCCUCCGUGCUCGCCAGCAUCGCGCAGCAGCCAGACACAUGCAUCGAAUUGAGCGUGGUGGAAACGGGUCCUGACGGCAGUGGAACAAUGGCCGUGCUGCACGCCCAGGACAUUCUCGAAGCAGCGGAAGCGUACCUGCAGGAGCGCGACUUGCAACUAGUGAACUUGGAGGAACCAGCUCUGGGCCAGGGGACCGUUAGCUCCGAAUCUGUCACUGCGUCGGCGCUGGUUGUUCAUACACCCAACUUGCUUCCCGCAUUGCUAGCCAGUGGCGAAGCGGUAGUGGAGGACUCUGUGGACGAUUUUGUGGACGCAACCGACGCAGGCGUUGGACUACUUCACAUCGACACUCGGGCAUCUGGAGGAUCUGGGCUGCUCGACGUCGGGGACGUCGUUGAAGAGUCAAAUGGCAUGGUGUUUAUAUCGCACGCUCUGCCGCCCCAAGCCACCCACUCCCAUUUAACGCCGCCGAUUACGGCGCGCACGAACGAGACGAACGCGUUGCUCGACCAGACGCCUAUUAUGUCCACUCUGGAGAACCCGAGCGGAGUCCAACUGCGGCGGGUAUCGCCCCUGGUGGACGGCAACCUAGAGGAUAGCCUGGCCGUCAUUGGCGUGACGCACGGAAGCGGAGUGCCUACGUCGCUGGAACUCCCCAUCACGGUGACCAACCCAGCAAUCGCCCCGCGCAUGGCAGCCGACAUUGUGCAUUUCGGACCCUUUCAGUAGGCGCGGUUCCAUCAGUUCCGUCAAACUGUUGCACGAUCUCAACAUUCUUAGUUGAACGCAUUGAAACUUCAUGUGGUUAGGCACGACUUCUUCUUAAGUAGUCGCCAUUCUUGCAAGUGGUUUCCCUUUUUCUCUGAAACUGAGUUACUUGACACAUGGCGCUCUUUACCGCCAAUAGUCCUUUUUUUUCAUAUUACCUUAAUUUUGAACUUGUCUUUAUAAGCGUAUUAUACACCGACCUCAAUUUUUUUUUUACAAAUAAGCUAGUUUGUCUAAAACGCGCAGGACAUGUCGCAUAUAUGCCUUAAUCGGAUCCUUUAAAAGGGAAUAUUUCGAAUAAUUUCUUAAGAAUAUCGUAUUAUUUAAAGAAAAGUUCGAUUUUUGGAACAUUAUCUUCACACUACACAGAAAUUGGUUUUCCAAAGAUAAUAAUUGCAGAACUGUUUCACUUGCAGUAAACACCAAAUCUAUAAUAUAAAAUAGGUUAGAAUCGGGGACUGCAAGCAUUGUUAAUUUUAUUUCUUAUUAGACUUAUAUACAGUACAGUACUUAUAUAUAAGUGUUUCUAAUUUUUCUUUUUGAAGAAAAUCUUGAUUUUUUCUUUGUUUUGUUUGAGUUUGUUGAGUACCAGGAGUAACUUAUGAAAUAAUCAUUAUUUAUUGAUUAAAACCAAGAAAGAGGUACCCUCGUAGUCUAAUGACCUUUUCAUUAUAGGAUACAUAUCCGACCGGUUUGAAUCCCCAAUAUCGGGUAUAGAUGGGCGUUCCCUUUAAAUUUAAAAAAGAGUUCCAAGCCUCCAAGACGGACGGCACAAGUUCUUAAAAAAAAGUCCUGGAAAGACAAAUUAUUUCUUAUACGCAAGGUGUUGAAUCAUGAAACAGAAAUAUAUAAAAUAUUAUUAUCAACCACUUAUUCGGGAAGAUAUUUAUAUUCAAUUUUUACUAUUGCAUUUAUAGUAAAUUUUGAAAAGGAAAGUCGUAAAUCGCCACAAGUGCAAGUUCAGUUCGCUCGGAUAGUUAGCUAGGAGAAAAGAAACACAAAUGAACCUAGAAAGAGGAUAGUAAAAAUACCUUAAAAACCAGAACUAAACAGCUGCUAGUGUAGCCGUAGAUCUCCAGCGGGGUUUGCCCCCUCUUCCCUAAAAAAAGAGAUUUUUUUUAAUUUUAUUUUUGAUCAAUAAAUAACAUAGGCCGACAAAAUGAAAUUUGUUUGGCUCCCGCAAACCAUAGGGACCACCCCCAGUUUCCGUGAUGCAUCUAUGAAAAGAAAUUGAUGAAAAUUUACAAUACAAAAUGUAAGACGAGCAAUUGAAUAUUGGUAUACCACAGUAUCCCUGGAAAGUUCCAUUUUUGACAUCCACAAGUAUCAAACGAAAUGUACCUGUAUCGAAAGUGUUCUCGACUCAGAUUCAGGGAAUAAGGUUUGGAGCAAGUAAUAUCAUGAGUCGAAAUUGUGUGCUGUCGGUCUGUGUUAUCAUUUCAUAAGUUUUUUUAGUACUCGUCAAAUAAUAAUUUUAGUUUAUGAAAAAAGUAAAACUCAUAAAAUAAUGAUUACCACACGAUGUACAACGAUUAUGAUUGCAGUCCCUGGUAACAAUUAAAGCAAGCUUCAUGUUCUAAAUUAAUUAAUAUAAAGAACUAAAGAACCAUCGCAGCCUAAAUUUUGAUAAAAAUAGACGUAUCAAGACAAGAGCAGCAGCUUCAAAGCCCAAAGAUAGAAGUUUCGAGUCGCUAAACUGGAAGGUCGAAAAGAGUCGUGCUGUCGUGAAGGUGGCCCAGCAAUGAUUGCAGAAUUUAUUUUUGAGUAGUUGUACGGAGCCUAUUGCUAGUUGAAUUGAUCUGAAGAGACGCUGAUUGAUCAGACGCGUCGCGAGCACUUGCUGCAGGUGCAAAUUGAAAUGCAGAUGCUUAGUAGCCUAGUUUCCUAGCCCUAAGAUAAACCUUAAACCACGCCGAGAGUGGGUUCCCUGCAUUGCGAAUGACAGUGGAAUGCGAAUCACCUAGCACGUAAGAGACUUCACAACUAGAGAAUAGGUCCGAACAAGUAGAUCAAACUGCGGAGCGUAACAGAGCAGACAGCUCUGAAAUAAACAGAACUCAAGAGGGAGGAACAUCGGUGGACCGAUGCCUGGCACCAAAGCUACACUUACAUAUAGUCGAGCAUUCAACACAGAAAAUAGAACCUAGAAACUCUCUUGUGUGAAGAAAAACAAAGUUUACCUUAAUUACCUUAAUAAUAAAUACCUUAUAAAAAUGGCUAUAACAAUGUAUGUGAGAGUUGUCAGUGUCUAAGCUAAAUAAACUAUGUAAAGUGAGCCGAAAAAUGACGAAAAUAUAAAUAAAGGCGACACGUGCAAAUAUGUA